GGCUAGUUGUAACCAUAAACCAUUGUUUAAUGUUUAUUUUUAUAAAAGUAUUUAGUUCAUAACAAGUGUAACGAUUGAUUAAAACAAAAUAAACGAAGACUUUGACUUAGUUCUUACAUCAUACUAGUUACUUAAUCUACACGUAUUGAUAUAUUAGGGAACAGAAAGUUUUGUGCAACAUGAUCACGUCCAUGAGGGCCGCGGCAUUUACCAGUGACCCUGGUUUUUAUUACUACUAUUUUGUAAUACUAGAAAAAACAAUGAGCAAUUCGUUAACAAACCAAUAAUAAACGGAAUUUAAUGGGUGCAGUGCUCAGGAAACACGUUUUGUACUAGGCCUAAUAAUGGAAGAAGAAUUACGGUGCUUUGUUUGUAAGGAAUUUUACCGAGAACCAGUGCUACUGCCCUGCGGGCACGCUCUUUGUCGUUUAUGUGGGGUGAAUCUGCAAAGUCCGGUACAUGAGAAUGACGGUGCUUCAUCGACUGACUAUCAGGAGGCGGACAAGGCGUCGGUGUCGAGUGAGACAGACAGCGGUGUGGUCUGCGGCUCUCGGCCUAAUAGCUUUGCGGGCACGCCCGCCGCCGCUGCGUACCAGAGCGCCGCAUUCACUGUAACAUGCCCUACAUGCAACAAGCAAGUGUUUCUAGAUGACAAUGGAGCUGAAGGUCUUCCGCCGUUUCGCGUUAUGCGAACUAUUGUUGAGCGUUUCGGUGGCGUGGCCGGAGCCCCGCCGGCUGAGGAGGCCUGUCAGAUGUGCGAGGGGGAACGCCGAGUGGCGGUUGUGCGGUGUGAGCAGUGCUCGGUCCGGUAUUGCGCUAGCUGCAGGGACGCAUGGCAUCCCACCCGCGGCCCACUUGCUCAACACGAGCUGAGAACCCUGGGCACAACAUGCUCUGACCAUGGCUCACCACCAGUGUUGUACUGCAACAGCUGUCUAGUCCCUGUGUGCCAGCGGUGUGUGGCUGAAAGGCACUCUUCACAUGUCACACAGCCCCUAUCAAGUGCUGCUAGAGCACAUAAGACUGAACUCUCACAAGCAUUGCAACAGCUUUCAGAAAAGGCCAAGGCUAUGACUGAAUAUAUCCAAGUAGUAAAAGGCUCAAGUGAACAAGUAGGUGAAUCAUGCUCUGAGCUAGAGCGGCAGAUUGAACAAGCGUGCGCAGAGGUAUCCCGCGCUCUGGGGCAGCGGCGGGAGGAGUUGGUCCGAGCAGCACGGGCGACCCGCGCACAGGCCGCGGCCGACGCGCGGGCUAGGUCCACGCAGGCCUCGCUCAAGCUCAGGGAGGCCACGGCGCUGCUGCACUUCUCCAUUGAGGCGCUUAAGGAGGCUGAUCAUGCUGCCUUCCUACAGGUGGGCAGCAUCCUGUCAGCGCGCGCGCAAGAGACGAGCGGCACUCUGUGCGCGGCGCUGGAGCCGCCGCUUCAACCGCCCGCGCUCACGCUGGACAUCGAGCCCGUGCUGCGCACCGUGCGCGCCAUGAACUUUGUCGAGUGCAUCCCCCCGGGCGCGCCGAGUAUGGCGGUGGAGGCGUGCGCGGCGCGCGGCUGCUCGUGCACGUUGGCGUGGCGCGCGCCGCCCGCGCCCGCCGCCGUGCGCGGCUACGUGCUCGAGCUGGACGACGGCCGCGGCGGGCCCUUCCGGGAGGUGUACUGCGGACGCGAGACGAUGUGCACGGUGGACGGGCUGCACUACGCCUCGCUCUACAGCGCGCGAGUAAAAGCCUUCAACGGCGCUGGCGAGGGCCCUUACAGCGAGAUCAUCGGCCUUCAGACCUCAUCAGUGGCGUGGUUCACAUGGGACCUGCGCUGCGCGGCGGGCGAGGGGCUGACGCUGUCGGCGGACGGGCUGUCGGCGCGCGCGGCGGGCUGGCAGCCGCGCGUGGCGCUCGCCGACCAGCCGCUGGCGCGCGGCGUGCACUACUGGCGGCUCGUGCUCGACGACUACGACGGCGACGCCGACCCCGCCUUCGGCGUGGCCCGCGCCGACGUCGCUAAGGAUAAGAUGCUCGGAAGCGACGCGCUCGGCUGGGCGAUGUACAUCGACGCGCGGCGCUCCUGGUUCGUGCACGGCGGCGCGCACGGCGGGCGCGCGGAGGGCGGCGUGGCGCGCGGCGCCGCCGUCGGCGUGCUGCUCGACCUCGGCAAGGGCACGCUGCGCUUCACCGUCGACGACUCCCCGCAGGGCGAGAUCGCGUUCACGGGCCUCCGCGGCGCGUUCUACCCGGCCGUGUCGCUCAACCGCGGCGUGGCCGUGACGCUGCAGCCCGGCCUGCCGCCGCCGGCCGACCUGCUGCUGGACCAGCUUGCUAUCGAGUGAACUCCGACACUGAUCCGACACGUUGUCGCCACCAGUGCAGCCGUUCUGACGCCUUCCACAAGGGGGCCCCCGUCCCCAUCUUCAACUGCUAGUGCUAACCAUGACUGAAAAUUUGGAGAACAUUGCCCCGGAACAUUGAUCAAAAACCAAAUAAAUUACUAAAAGAUUUUUUUCCAGUAACAAGCAUAACUUUUUCAAACAAAACUGAACUUUCAAAUCAGAAAUGAAAAUAUGUCACUUUUUUCUUGGUCUCAAUCGAGACUACAUUUUGUCCGAACCGAAUGCACCUUGGCCGCAUUGAUAUGAAGCAUUUUGGUCGCCACGGCCAUUUUAUAUAACAGGCAACAGUAAACCUUAUUGGUAUACUGGACGGUUCAUUUUAAACUCACCGUGAUCGGCUAUUGCCGAUUACGGUAGUCAAAAGGUAAAAACUAAAAGUCAGAAAUCAGAGUCAAAGGCGGAUUUUUACUUAGGAAACUGUGCCGUAUAUCUUUUUGAUAAUACUGACGGCCUAUAUUAUACAUAAUUUUAAGCCAUCUAAAAACAUGACUCCUAUCCUAACUUUAAGUACUUACUUAUAGUAUAGAUCCUAUAUAAACCUUUCAACUUUCGAGCAACACGGGGAAGGGAGUCUGCAUUCGCACUAUUUCCCCUUUGCCAAAGCACAUGGCCAACUGGGAUAUCGAGAUGUGCAAGAUUUGUCUUUGACAUGUGUCAUUUUCUAUGUAUUUGUGUCAAGUGCGACUGUGUGCACGUUUUCCUCCGUAAAAAAUGGCAGAACGAUUUGUACGGUAAGAUA